AUGUCCACUCACCUCACCGACAUUCCUCAAGCCGUCCGCAUCGCCGCCAGCCAUGACCCCUCACUAGACUCCGUUCUCAAACAACAAGCCAUAGAAUAUCUGGCUAAAGUGAAAGAUGUGUGCGAAGAGACGUGGCAGGAUUGUCUAUCUCUCUACCUUCAAGGUGCAGGUGCUCCCGGUCCCUCUCAACUGGGUAAAGACGGGAAGCAAAAACUAGAAACUGACCUUCGUAUCUUCUGUGAGCAAGUGGUAGAAACAGCUUUGCUGAUGAGAAGACUUCAGGUGAUGACACCAUCAUCACAACAGGCCAUGUACAAUGCUCUGGUGGAGUUUGUUCAGGUCGAAUGGGUUGAUGGACCGUGCGAAGGUGGCCAGAGCUUUUUUCGCAAUAAACUGGCUCUUACAUUAGCUUAUCUCUUCCUCGCCUCCUAUCCAUCUCCAAUACCACAGUUCCUUCAUACCUUUCUACAACAUCUUUCGAUAGAUCCGUCCCCAUCUAAAACAUCACUACACCCUCAACUUCUCGUCAUUCAUCUCCUCAACGAAAUUGCAUUAGAAGUACACGAUACCACCGUCCGGAGCGUGAGACCAUGGUCCAAGGAACGAACAGAACGAGAUGGAAUGAUAAGAGAUACGAUCCGUACGAGUGGAGACGAACGACUAGUCAUUGAUGCACUCCUGAGUGUCGCCGAGAGAGGGUUGAACGUCAUAGAAAAUGGACAACAGAGUGGUACUCGAUGGCAGGAGACUGUAGAGUUAACACUCAAGACAGUCGCGGCGUGGACACCUUGGGUGGACAUAUCGGUUUCGGUAACUCCAAAGUCACUACAAUUCUUCCAACGGUCAAUACAAUCUUCAGUCGGUCCAGUCCGUAUAGCGGCUGCCAACAUCCUCCGUACACUCGUAUGCAAAGGCAUGAAAUCUCCAGCCGACAAACUACAAGUGCUCAAAAUCCUCGACCCUCUUCCCUUGAUAGACCGACUAGAAUUGGCUACUCGUUCAAUCGAAGGUGAUGAGGAGACAGUUUCCUUCAGAGCGGCUUUGGGUUCUGUCAUUUCCGCUUACGGUUCCGAUUUGCUCGAGCUCACCGAAGAUUCCGAGGUGCCCGAACCUUUCCGCCAAGAAGCAGAAAGUAUGAUUAAAACUACACUCCCACUCAUUCUACGUUUCCUGAGCGACCGCCAACAUGAGGUUCCCCUAUCUGUAUCCCUAUUCAUCACCGAGUACCUCAAAGUCGCCAAGAAGACCUACGUGCCCAAAAUUCUGCCACCCCCUCAAAAGGGAACCAUGCCUCCCCCUCCCCCGCCCAUGCCUCCGCUACCACAAGACAAACGCGACUUCCUCGCCUCGUUGCUAAGCAUACUGGUUAGACAACUAGCAUGGCCAGACGACGCUGAAUGGGAAAGCCCUGGAAGUGAUACCGAUCCCGAUGAUGACCUGUCCAGUUUCCGAUAUCUCCGAGUGAUGUGCCGAUCAUUCAUCGAGUCCAUUGCUGCUAUAGAUCGGACAAUGCAUACCGAAGUAGUGGCCAAUAUCGCUGUCACGACCCUAGAAUCUAUCCGUACCAAUGGUACCUCCUCCGCCAAGUGGCAAGAUGCCGAGCUGGCAUUGCACCUGGUUUACACCUUUGGGGAAAUGACGAAAGUUAACACCCGUGCAGCGUUUUACGAGUUACCACCCGAGAUUGCCUCAAACUUUGUCCGCUCAACCAGGAAAGACAGCUUCAGUAACCGCACAGAUGCUAUGUCCAUGUCAAGCGGUUCCAAUACACCUGCUCAACAGGCCAAUGGUAGCACGACAGAUCUGUCCAAAAUCAAUGGAUCUCAGUUCCCUCGAGAGCGAAUCGACUACUCCCAGUACUCACUCACCCCCUUAGGACAACUUCUUACGUUGUGCAUGACCUCUGGUAUAUCUGCCUUUCCUCAUCCCAGUGUCUCUCUGCAAUACUUUGAGAUAGGCGUGCGUUAUGCCGAAUUCUGGAAGUCGAAACCAGAAGCAGUACCACCACUUUUUGAAGCCAUGCUCGGAGAAAGAGGGGUGCAUAAUCAAGAUGAAGGGGUGAGACGAAGAUGUUUCUACCUAUUCAGUCGGUUUGUCAAAGAAUGUCGAGGAGAUCUGGAUAUGGAGAUGGUACCACCUGUCUUACAAGGAAUGCAUGACCUUUUGGUGAUCAAAGCCGAGCUACCUGAGCGUGAAGCACCAGAAGACGACAUCCUCGUCAAAGCGACAACUGGCAAGUCGUAUUUUACAGACCAAAUGUACUUGUUCGAAGCUACCGGCAUGUUGGUGUACCAUACACGAUCCGAUGCGACCCGACAAAUUCCUCUGCUAGAGGCCAUAGCUGGACCUUUGAUGGGUGGCAUAGGCUCUGGUUUACAAGCCUUCGGUGUCAACCCUCAGGAUGAACUCGCUGUUCUUAGCGUACAUCAUCACCUCAUGGCCCUUGGAAAUUUCGCCAAAGGUUUCCCUCCUGCUCCUGAUAGAGAUUUGGACACUUUGCCUUAUCAACCACCUUUCAAGCAAAUGACGGAAGCCCUUCUACAAGCCCUGGCAGCGAUGAAAACUCAACAGAUUGUCAGAGAUUCAGCACGUUUCGCUUUCUCUCAAUUUGUUACUGCCAUUGGUCAAGCCGUGGCGGAAUUGGUACCACAAUUUGUCUCGCAUGUCGUCACUGAAUUCCAACCUGCAGAAUUGGUAGAUUUCAUGACUUUUCUCGGUUUACUCAUGCAUCGUCUCAAGAAAAAUACAUUCGAAACUAUGGACAUGCUCCUCUUACCUCUUCUCUCGCGUAUCUUUGCCGUCCUGGGUAAAGCCCCUACGGGGACAGACGAAGCCCUCACUCAUCGAAAACUCAAAGAAGCCUUUUUAGCAUUUAUAACAUCUCUAAUGAAUGCCAACCUGGAUGGAGUCUUUAUCACAUCACGUAACAAACCAGAAUUCGAAAACGUCCUUCAAUCGUUACUCUCCAUGACAUCUGAUUUCGGUGAUCAACAAGGUCAACGAUUAGCUUUUAGCUUUUUCGCGAAAAGUGUUAUAGCAUGGGGAACAAGUCCAGAAGCCGUUUCCUCCCCAAGUGUAUUUGCCGAUAGUGCGAUGAGUCAACGUAGUCGAGCUGUAGCGAAAGGAGAAGCGAUGCCUACGAAUCAACAUGUUAUUCCGAGGGAAGAAAGAGCAGCACAGGCUUUACCGGGUUACGAGAAUUUCAUCUAUCAAAGUCUUUUACCAAUUUGUUUUCAAGUACCUGCGGAUAAUAGGUUUAAUCAUAAAUCUGGUCAACCGGUCUUGCACGAAAUCGCAAUGUUACUGAGGAACGUACUUCAAGCUAGAGGUCCGGAAGGUGUACAAUUUCUUUUAAACGACCUUUUACCAGGAAUCAAUUGUCCUCCUCAAAUCGCUAAUCAAUUGGUGGAGAAACUCCGAACGGAACAGAGUAAAGAUUUCCGAAAGACCUUUGCGGAUUUUAUCAAGGCUAUGAAGUCGUGACGAUUUUCCUUCCCCACAAGUCCUUCCAACCUAUUCAUCUCUCCCGAGUUUUCACCUCGCCUGCUUCAUCGUCACAGAACAAAACGUCAGCAUUCGCAGUUAUCUGUCUUCGUGGGAAAUCAAAUCUCUUCAAAAUCUUCGUGAUCCGAAUCAGUAACAACGAAAAUUUCUAAUAAAUCACCAUCAUCAUCCAAUUUAUACAUUUCAUCUUUUUCCUGCAUUGUCAUGAAUCCAUGCAUAUUAUCCUCAUC